AUGGCAUCAUAUACACUCCAGCAAAUCUUUGCAAUUACACCAUCGGUCUGCUCACGGUACCUUGGAGGAGGGCUCCAAGUCCUCCUGAGGGUCCUUCAAACACUCCCAAAUGCCCGAAUUACCUGGCCAUCUUCCGAGGAGCGAUGUCAAAGCUACAGCGACAUGAUCACCAGAAAGUAUCCGCUCCUCAAGAAAUGUUUUGCGUUCAUUGAUGGGCUAAAUCUCCCCAUUCUGGUUUCAGGUGACGAUGAUGUUCAGAAUGCCUACUACAAUGGCUGGACCUGUUCGCAUUACUGCAGCAGUAUCCUCACCUUUGCACCCGAUGGAACUCUUAUCUAUGCUGUUCUCAACACCCCUGGGCCAUGGUAUGACUCAUAUAUAGCGGAACCACUCUAUCAGAAGCUUUUAAACAACACACCUCUCGGAUAUCGGGUCAUCAGCGAUACUGCCUUUCCUCGUAAGGGUGCACGACUUCAAGGCCGUAUCCUGGCUCCAACCAAGCGUGGUGAAAAAAUGCCCAGUUCAGAUUCUGAGUUUGCACACAAGAAGGUCCUGAACGAACAGCUCGUAUGCGCAAGGCAAGCGGCCGAAUGGGGGAUGCACUCGAUCCAGGGCUCAUUUGCUCGAAUCAAGCUACCCUUACCAGCAGAUGAUCACCAGUUCCGGACCGAUGUCUUACAGGUUAUAUGUCGAUUACACCAGAUCAGAUGCCGAGAAGUACAAAUUAAUCAGACUCGCUCAGUCUACAUGUCCACUCAAGAUGAGCAGAAGAUGCUAUGCCAGAAAUUUCAUUGGAUGCUUUUUUCUCAUAUUCAACAAAAUUGUCGAAUCAGCAGGUAUUAUCAAGGGUGGUUGUAA